CACAGUCAGGACGAGAUGCGAAGUGCCUCCUCCACACCCACAGCCCCCACCUGGCCGAUGCCCCCACUGCAGCCAGCCAGCCCCCAACGUGUUUGUCGUGCAUUUCCAUAAGCCGCUCAGGGGAAGGACGGCCAGGGACCAGCAACUUCCGAGCGCUCUUUACUACACUCGCGCGCCCGGUGCAAGCUCAGUUCAAUUUCAUAUUCGCAAGUGAUCGCACAGCCAUGUACAGAGCCAGCCAUAUACUAGGAUUGGUAUCGAUAUGUUUAUUCGCACAGGCGCAAUUUACACAGAUCCCAGAUCUGACCGCGCCAGAAGAUCGCCGACCACCGCCAUGGGAACCCCCAGGGCGAAUGUUGUUCACCAAGGACCAGGUGAUGAGAGCAGUGGAACGUGCGAAGGAGAAGAUCAAGGCUAGAAGGGAGGAAGAGUUCCUUAUGUGGAGUAAAAAUGGAGGUGUGGACCCUCGUUCGCCGCAGGGCACCGCGGCCGCCUUCAACAAGCCGACCCUGGACGCCCUGGAGCUGGCCAACGUGUCCCACGUCUACGAGAUGGCCUCUGAAGAACUUUUCAGAGUACAGAGCAACCGCAUUCGUCGCCAACUGGCCGGUGACCUCAUCGAUUUUGGACCAAACAGUAUCUUCGACGACAACACCUUGUCAGGAGGCUUUACUCCUAACAGUGGUCCCAGCCUUUCCGGCCCUUCAAACUCUGAAUUCCAAGAAGUGAUCGCUCCCCCUGCAAGUCUCCAAAGAUGCGGUCUGACGGAGCCUGGUCCCUCAGGUUGCGACCCAACGUCGCCCUUCAGGACAUUCAGCGGAGUGUGCAACAAUUUGCGCAGACCUAACAUGGGCCGGUCCCUGACACCUUUCGCCCGUAUGCUCCCUGCGGUCUAUGAAAAUGGAGUGUCGCACCCAAGGACCACUGGUGUCAGUGGAAAACCGUUGCCCUCGCCAAGAACUGUUUCAACGUCAGUGCACACAGAUGUGAGCCACUUGCACGCCCGCUACUCACUCAUGCUGAUGCAGUACGCGCAAUUCUUGGAUCACGAUAUCUCUUUCACCCCGGUCCAUCGCGGCUUUUUCGUCUCCAUCCCCGACUGCAGGGACUGCGAUUCGGCCAGACAAGUUCACCCAGAGUGUAUGCCGAUUCCGGUUCCUCCUGGCGACCCAUACCACCCUCCUCUCAACAACACCAACGGCAGGCCUAAGUGUUUCUCUUUCAUGAGAUCCCUUCCAGGACAACUCACCAUCGGUCCUAGGGAGCAGGUGAACCAGAACUCAGCCUUCCUUGACGCUUCGCACGUUUAUGGUGAACACAUUUGCCGAAUCACAUCCCUGCGAGGAUCAGGUGGACGCAUGAACACAACCAUCCUCCCACCUCUGGCACCCAACGCGCCAGUCCGGGAGCUGCUUCCCCAGGUUGGCACCAACCCUGAGUGCCGCUCGCAGAAUGGUCUGUGCUUUGCUGCCGGCGACGGCCGGGCUAGCGAACAGCCAGGUCUGACCAUCAUGCACACCAUGUUCAUGCGCGAACACAACAGACUUGCCGACGCACUGCACUUGAUCAACCCCCGUUGGAGCGAAGAAACCGUGUUCCACCACGCGAGGCGGAUUGUCGCGGCCCAAACCCAGCACAUUACCUUCUCGGAGUUUUUGCCCAGGGUUUUGGGACCCGAGGCCAUCAGGAAGUACAACCUUGGACUCCAAAGUGACGGAUAUUACAAUGGCUAUGAUUCGACCUGCAAUCCAAGUGUCUUCAACGAAUUCGCCACGGCCGCCUUCAGAUUCGGUCACAGCCUGCUCCGACCCCAUUUGCCCCGCGCUGGUGCGCGCUGGGAGCCACUGACCCCGCCACUUUUGCUGAGGGACGCCUUCUUCGACCCCAGCAUGCUGCUCGCGCCCAGGAUGUUUGACGAACUGACCAGAGGACUCCUCGCUGCCCCGAUGGAAGACAUGGACAGGUUUAUAACCGGGGAGGUUACAAACCACUUGUUUGAAGUGCGUAGGAGUCCACAUUCAGGAAUGGACUUGGCUGCGCUCAACAUUCAGAGAGGUCGUGACCACGCCUUGCAGCCUUACAAUGAAUACCGCGCUAGGUGCGGCCUGCCGAAGGCUGUCGUUUGGGAAGACUUUUCACGCGAAAUGCCGACUGAAGCAAUUGAAAGACUGCGAAAUGUGUACGAGAACGUCGAUGACGUCGAGCUGUUCCCUGGAGGUUUGAGUGAAACCGCCCUACCUGGAGGACUAGUCGGCCCAACCUUCGCCUGCAUCAUCGGCCGGCAGUUCAGGCAACUCAGAGACUGUGACAGAUUCUGGUACGAGACCGGCUCUCAGGUCGAAAGGUUCUCACCUGCCCAGUUGUCGGAGCUGCGCAAGGCCAGUCUCUCCAAAGUCCUCUGCCACAACAUGGACGCGCCUAUCGACAUCCAGCCUAUUGCCUUCGACCAACCAAACGGAUCAACGAAUCCGCGCAUCAACUGCCCAACAUUGCCGGGAAUCGACCUGAAUGCUUGGCGAGAUGCUGGUGCACAGGGAAGAGCACUCAACGCCGGUCCGCCUGCACCUGCUGGGGCUCCACCUGGCGCUUCCUGUCAGUUCAAUGGCCGCCUUGUGAGGAUGGGUGCCAGACAACUUGUCUCGCCGUGCACAAGCUGCCAGUGCACACCCACAGGGAUGAGGUGCAGAUCGAUCAGGGUGACUGACUGCAACGUUCUGAUCAGCCGAGCCGGCCCUGCGGCGGUUCGCAGGGACGACGUCUGCAUGGCCCAGUGUGGAAGGGCCUUGUUCAACGGCCCACUGGGCCCUCCAGGCCCAAUCAUCGGUCCUUCAGGUCCUCCUGGCCCACCCUUGUCCUCGUCGCCUCUUCUGGCCAGAGGAUCCCCUCCCUCAAGUCCCUCCGGUCCUGAUGACGGUCUCCUCGACCUGAGACCGCCCCCGAGACUGGUGAGGCCCCCGCCCAGCCGAGGCCCCCUUUUCAGUCUGCUUGGCCUGCUUGGAUAAGAACUCUUGCUCAACAGAGAAUAUUCUGGAAUUUUUGGUGAUGACAGUGCGAAAUUGUAAUACGACGAGCUAGUGCAUCUUUUGUUCACAAUUUCUGUCAAAUGAGUGUGUGAGAAAUUAUUCAUUCAUCCUAUCUUGAUCAGUGAUGAUUAAUACAUAGUUAGAAAAGUAUUUUUAUAAUCGAAUUGGAUGAAUCAUGCUGACUAAUUUGACUGAUUCUUUAACCUUCGCUGCACUGGAUUUCUGCGUAUACGAAAAAUACGUUCAUAUAUCAUUUUGUAUACAUUUCAGCUACUUUUUUUGGUGAAUGAGUCCGAGGCGGAUGAUCUGCUUCCGCCGUCGCUAUUGCCAUGCCAUAAAGGCCUCGAGUAGUUGUCGAUAUUAAGUGUGUGAUAGGUGCACUUGAAUGGAAUUAAAAUUUUUGCAUCGAAAAAUUUUACUUUCAUCAUCUAGAGUACAAUUUAGUCUCAGAGCAUUUUGCGGGUGAAGAUUGCCCCUAUAGAGUCAGCACUUUUCAAAAGCAAAAUCGCUCACCAACCAGCAUUUUUUCAUCAUGAAUCAUGAGAAUUAGAAUUAAAUAUUCUAGGUUCGGGCGACAUUUAUUUAUUAUUUGCAAGAUGAAACGCGAUUCAGUGUAAUCAACCACAUAUAAACUGAAUAAGCUUAAGACGUGACGACGAGUGACAAUGAAAUUGUGUACACUUCUAAACUAUGAAUCUGUAGUUUAUAGGAAUAAAUAUACUAAGUAAUUAAAAUAAA